AUGGCUGACGACAUUUUAGACUUUGAAAGUAAGAAAAAGAAGAAAUCAAAGCCUCUUGUGCAUGAUUUUAAAGAUGAACCCGGUAAUCUGGGGAACCAAGAUAUUCUGGACUUUGGUUCAAAAAAGAAGAAAAAGGACAAACUCUUAAGCUUGGACGACGUGGGUAGCAAAGAGGACUCACGUCAGGAACCGGAAUUUCAUAAGAAGGACCCAACAGAAAACGGCGUUAAGCAACUUACUGAAAAACUAACAGAUGAGCUCACUUUCUCAGACAAAAAGAAAAAAAAGAAAUUCAGACCGAUUGAAGUAGAUGAAAAUGGGGUUUGCGAGCCAAGCAGUAUGUCUGAACUUAUCGUCAGGGAUUCAUCGGGUUAUGAUUAUGAAACGCUGUUAACACGAGUUUUCGCUCAGCUUGGUGAUUUGAAUCCUGAACUUGUAUCAGAUCAGAAAAGAAAGCUCGUAAUGGUUCCUCCUCAAAUGGCUCGUGUUGGGACCAAAAAGACUCUCUUUGUAAAUUUUUCAACUAUUUGUCGUUCUUUAAUGAGAGAUCAGUCUCAUCUCACAACAUACAUACUAACUGAAUUGGGUACUCAGGGUUCAGUGGAUGCUAACGGUGCUUUACUUAUUCGUGGACGUUAUACAAGUAAACAUAUGGAACCUGUGCUGAGAAACUACUGUAGAACUUACGUGUUGUGUGGUACCUGCCAGUCUUCUGAAACAGACCUAUGCAAAGACUCGAGACUUCUUUUCCUCCACUGUCGGCGAUGUGGAUCUCGUUUCACCGUAAAAACAGUGACUUCCGGAUUCCAAGCACUGACAGGGAAACGUGCUGCUUUGCGGGCAAAAACACAAUGA